UGACCCUUCCUACAGUCAGCUCACAGCACCGGACCAUCAGGCCCAGAAAGGACCAGUGCACUAAGAAGUCCAGGUCCAGAGAACCAGUGCUUCAUAUCUGCAGCAUUAAUCAGGCCUUAAACCACCAGGAACAGAACAAAAAAAUCAGACUGAGGACAAGACAUCCAUCAAUCCGAACUACUACGGGCCAGACUGAGGACCAGAUUAUUGCACCACCUGAAGCUGGACCAGAUGAAGGACCAGACUGAGGAACAGAGCCUCAGCCUUUUCUAUGAACUCUGUGAGGAUUUUUAACUCAAGUCUUUGUUUCAGUUUUAUUCCCUCACUCCUCACCAUACAUCAAGAAGGCUCUUCUGACUCUGUUAUACAGACUCUUCAGUCGGACUCUAAUGUGAGGAAUUAACCUGCUGAGCUGUUGCUGCCUGUUUCUGCAUCAGGACCUGCUGCAAUUCUGCUGAGUGUUCUUACUCUCCUGCAGAUACACUGUGACUCUACUGACAGACCUUUGGUGUCAGUCAGAGCCAAUCAUGCCAUCUCUGUUUCCUGUGUUCUUCUUCGUGGCCACUGGUUUUCUCAUCGACGCCUCUCCAAUGGCCUCUCCAGCUCCGGAGGUAAACCUGGCACCCUCCAACUGUCCAUCGUGCUCUCUGUCUCAGAUGAGGAGGAAUGUAUCUUUGUCAGGACAGAAUGACAUGGUGGAAGCAGUGAAACGUCACAUUCUCAACAUGCUGCACCUGAGCGCCCGACCCAACCUGAUGCAGCCGGUUCCUCGAGCAGCGCUGCUCAACGCCAUCAAGAAAUUGCAUGUUGGCCGUGUGGCAGCAGACGGCAGUGUGGAGAUUGAGGAGGAGGGCCACAGCACCAGCGCCCUGACACCACCUGAGCCACCAUCUGAGAUCAUCGUCUUUGCAGAGCCAGGUAACUCUCCAAACAUGGUAACCUUUGACAUUUCAAAGGAAGUUGGCGACUCAUCAGUGGUGGAACAGGCAAAUGUCUGGAUCUUCCUGAAGAUGUCAAAAGGAAACCGAGUGAAGGGCAAGGUAAUGUUGCGGCUGCUGCAGCUUCAUUAUGAACAUGAAGAAGAGUGUAUUUCAGAGAAGCUGGUGGACACUCGUCGCAGUGGCUGGCACACUCUCACCAUCCCUCACAAUGUUCAGACUCUGCUGGAUGUCAGCAGCAGCUCACUCAGCCUGAGGGUUUCCUGUCCACUGUGUGGCGAGGCUGGAGCUUUUCCGGUCCUGACACCUGUCAACGGCAAGCUAGCCACAGGCAGAGAACAGUCUCACCGGCCAUUCCUUGUGGUGGUGCUGCGCACUCGAGAGGACCCAAUGCAGCGACGAGUCAAGCGAGGUCUGGAGUGUGACGGUAAAAUGCGAGUCUGCUGCAAACGACAGUUUUAUGUGAACUUUAAAGAUAUUGGCUGGAACGAUUGGAUUAUUGCCCCUUCUGGUUACCAUGCCAACUACUGUGAAGGUGACUGUCCAAACCACAUGGUGAGCCUCAGUGGUUCAUCCCUCUCCUUCCAUUCAACAGUCAUCAAUCAUUAUCGCAUGAGGGGCUACAGCCCCUUUCAAAACAUCAAGUCAUGCUGCGUGCCAACGAGGUUACGUGCCAUGUCAAUGCUCUAUUACAACGAAGAGCAGAAAAUCAUCAAGAAAGAUAUCCAGAACAUGAUUGUGGAGGAGUGUGGCUGUUCGUAAACACUCUUAAAGACACCAGAAAUACUUUGAAAAAACUGCUCCUGCAGUAAAAACAUCAGAUCAGCACUUCCCCAAACAGUAAAGUGUUUAUGUUUAGUGACAAAGCAUUGUAUUUCUUAAUGGGAGAGACUCUUUUCCACAUUGGAAUGAUCUGAGAAUACUAUGCAACAGAUCUUGCAAAGUAAUCCUUUAUAUGUCUACAUUUAUGUGUUUGUCAUUUUCUAUUGUUCGAAUAUUGUUUUCUAUUAUAGAAAACAUGAGUCACUUUUGAUAUGUUCUGUUUACUGAAGGUUCAACUUGCAUAAAAUUCCUGCCACUAAAAAAUCUUGGGAAAAAAAUUUUGCUCGACCAUCCGCUGGAACCAAAUAGUACUUAUAUAAACAUUCUUGGAAGUGUUGUCUCAACAUCAAAGUCUGAGCUGAGAAGAUUCAGAAGAAAGCCAAAGAGAGAUGAAGAUGAAAGUGGUUAUUUUGGCUGAAAUAUCAAUGAGCUGUGGGUAAAUCAACUAGACAAGGUUUCACUUAACAAGUAGGGGUAAGUUAACUAAAUGUGAUGUUAACAAGCUGUGAGUAUAUUAACCAGAUGUAGUUGCAUUUAAGUGUAAUUGCCUAAAUAAUGUAUUUUGAACAAGCUGUGAGUAAAUUAGGCUGUGUUAGUUAACAAUGUGAGAUGAACAUGGUAAUUAAAGUAACAUCUAAAUUAAACUGGUGAAACAAAAACAGCAGCAGGAACAUUCAUCAUGUUUUCUUUCAUUGCUAAAAUCCAAUGUUACUGCUACCUUUAUAAUUUAUU